GAGCGCGCCGCCAGGGAGACGACUGGGAAGUGCGACUAAACCAAGAAAAAAGCCACCGUGUGUGUUCUGCUCGAAUUACUGACUGUUGGGAAGCAUCUAGAAAAAUCCCGAAUCGAUUCAGCGAAAGAAGUUGUUUACCUCAUACUGUUACCACUGCAAUAUUUAAUCUGAAUCAUCAAAAAAAAGGAAAACAUUCAUCUCGACACGCAACUUUCAUUGGGAAGUCCUUAAAAGGAAGUAAUUUUGUCGAUCUGGUAAUCUCCUGUAGAGGACGGUUGAAUAAGAAUGGCAUUAUUGCUGACCUGUUACAACCGAGGAUGUGGUCAGAAAUUUGACUCAAAUAACAACACCGAAGAAUCCUGUAUCUACCACCCGGGUGUUCCCUUCUUCCACGAUGCCUUCAAAGGUUGGAGCUGCUGCAACAAGAAGAGUGUUGAUUUCACCGAAUUCCUCAACAUCAAGGGAUGCACCCAGGCGAAGCACUCCAACGUGAAGCCACCGGAACCGGAGAAGCCCGCCAGCCAGGAUGUGGUCAUUGAUGAACCGCCACCGCAAAAUAUCCCAGCACCGAUCCGGUCGACCAUGAAGCGACCGUCCUGGGAGAGUCCGCUGACCACAGUAGAACCGAUCGUGGCCGCGGCUUUCAAGAAGCAAAUCGACGAACUGCCCAUCGAUCAGGCCGCGGUCAAAAAAGUAACCACCGACCCGGCGGAAGUGCAACCCGGAACGCUGUGCAAACACGGCGGAUGUAACUAUUCGUACGAGGGAAACAAGAAUGACGAAAAACCUUGCGUUUAUCAUCCGGGAGUGCCGAUCUUCCACGAGGGAUUGAAGUUUUGGUCUUGCUGCCAGAAACGAACGUCCGAUUUUACAGCAUUUAUGAAUCAGGCCGGUUGCGAAACGGGCGGCCACAAAUGGACCAGCGACGAGGACGAAUCCAAGGCAAUCAAGUGUCGUUUGGAUUGGCACCAGACGGCGACGCAGGUCGUGGUGACGGUCUACGCCAAGAUGUAUCACUACCGGAAGAGCACUGUCCGGUUGAACCCGGUUCGGUUGGCCAUGUGCUUGGUGUUUCCGCAGCAGAACAAUCAGGAGUACAAUAUCGAUCUGGAACUGCGUGGCUUGGUGGACGUGGGCAACUCGAAAGUGCAGAUGUUCGGCACCAAGGUGGAAGUUACGCUGAUCAAGGCUGAACCGGGCAGUUGGCCCAAGUUGGAUUUCCCCCGGGAGAAGAAGCCCAGUGCCGCGCAGAUCCGGCAGCAGCUGUUGGAGCAGCAGAAGGCGGCAGCCCAGCAGUCGGACGAUGAUUCCGAUGUGGAUCUGGACGAUAUCGGACCGGCGUUCCGUUCUGCUAACAUCCAGGAGGUUUAGCAGUCGGGCGGGGGUGUUCUCUACUUGGUAGCGAUUGGUUAUAUACAAAUAGGUAGGUGGUGUUCGAUGAGGUCUGAACGAUGGACCAAAUCGAAUGAAAAAAUAAACGAGAAAAUGUGAAGGGAAUUUCCGUUGAUGCUCCGCCGGUGGAUACCACGUCCUUGUUGCUCGAUUCGGUUAU